AUGGACAUCGACAGGAUGAAGCGCAAAAGGGCCGUGGUGCGAACGUCAACAACAAAGCUGCUCAAUGACAUCGCUACCAUGGAGGACGACGCGUCACUCGUAAAGCUGCCAAAACUAGAGAUAGCAAAGUUCAACGGCGAGCUUCGACAGUGGCAAGGCUUUUGGAGUCAGUUCGACACGACAAUAAACGCUAACCACCACCUGUCAAACGUGGACAAGUUCAAGUACCUGAACAGUUACUUAACAGGAAAAGCAGCGGCUGCCGUUGCGGGUCUUGAUUUGUCCGACGGAAACUACGAAGUUGCUCUCUCGCUGUUAAAGGAAAGGUUCGGUCGUAAAGAAGCCAUAAUCGAGGAUCACAUGUCCAGACUGCUCAAUAUCAAGUCAGUGCGUGACUCGCGGAACCUCAGCCAACUUCGGAGCCUCGUUGACGAAGUAGAGAGAGGUGUACGGAGCCUCACUUCUCUUGGCGUCGGUGUCAGCACGUACGGAGCUCUGCUCCUGACAGUAGUAAAGAAGGCGGUGCCUGCGGACCUUCAUCUCGAAUACUGUCGACGAAAGGGCGCUACUACAGGAGGCAGUGAACUGGAGGCAUUUGCGCAUUUUUUGAGAGUCGAGGUAGAGGCACGGGAGAUUAUACAGCGGGCCGAAACACCAAGGGGCAUGUGUGUAGAAUCGUCUGUCGAAAACCGUAACAGCACCUUUAAGCGGCGAGAAUGUCUUCAGCCGCUGCACUGCAUACCAUGA